AUUAAAAGUAAAAAUAAUUCACUGAUUGGCAUAAUGAAGCAAUUGGACACAUUCGUUUGCCCCACCCUGUCAGCAACUAAAUAAAUUUGCCACCAUCUCCAACUCAAACGUCACUUCUCCACCGAGAGACACGCGCAGCUUUCCUCUAGCACAUAGUAAGGCCUAUCCGCCGCUCGAUUUUGACCGAUUCUCCUCGUUUGGACGCAGCGCUAUUUGUCUUUCCAGCAACAAGAUGCAGAAGCUCAUUCUUCUGGCAGGUCUGUUGGCAGUCAGCGCUCACUUGGUUUCAGGUGAUGCACAAAAGAGACUGGUGUGCAUCUAUCAGGAAACCUCAGACCCCUUUGACAUUGCCACGGACAUUGAUCCAGACCUGUGCACGCACCUCAUCUUUAGCUCCGUCAAGCCGACGCCGUUUACCGUAAGCUUGGCUGGGUUGGUGCAAAAAGUUCAAGCCUUCAACAAUCUAAAGACCAGCAAUACCGAUCUUAAAACUUUUCUUGAAGUUGAUCUGACCAUGGCCAACAGCCAGAUAUUCUUACACCAAAACAGACCGACUUUGAUCGAUUCUAUAGUGGACAUCCUGAAUGAUGCGAACUUUGAUGGUGUCAACGUCUUUUGGGUGUACGGUGAAUCAGGCGACAAGGAAACAUUCACACUUCUCAUGCAGGAAUUGAAAUUGAAGUUGCCGCAAGGAAAACUGCUCACUGCAAGCGUCUCUGGUGUGCCUGACGACAUUGAAAAUAGUUAUGAAAUCUCGAACCUUGCCGGAAUCGUCGACUUCUUUAAUGUGAUGACCUUUGAAGUUGACCUAGAAAAUCCACCACAAUUUCCCAAUGCGGACGCUGCAAUGCAGCUCUUUGUUACUGCGGAAGUACCAGCAGGAAAGCUCAACAUGGGAAUAGCCAUUGUAUGGGCCAGAUAUGAGGUGUGCCAGGACAACCCAAAUGGCGUUUCGAUUGACGGUGACGCGACCAUUAUUGCCAAGGUUGCCUACAUCGAAACUGAAUGCUUUGGAGGAGCCUAUGUCAAGUCUCUGGAUCUGGACGACUUCAACGGCAACUGCAAUCAAGGGGAAUAUCCUGUCAUCCAGCUAAUCAAAGACAGCUUCACUCAGUAGGAUGGAGUGCACGGUGGUGAGGGAAACCCCCCCCCCCUCCCCUCAUGGUGACGGGAUCCCACCCCUCAUGGUGAAGCCCACCCCCCCCACCCCUCAUGGUGAAGGGACCCCCCCCUCUCCAGGGACUAACCCCCCCGUCAUAUUACGUAGCUUUCGACACAGGUGAAUGGUUUGAUUUCACCCUAAAAACAAGGGUCUUGCUAUCUGUCCCUGUCCCUGUCCCUGUCCCUGUCCCUGUCCCUGUCCCUGACCUCAUCAGCUUUUUGUGUGGAAGAAAAUUCAAUAAAAUGUCAGUUGACAACAA